UGCACAGGAGGAGCAGCCAGCUCUAAACCAACUGAUGGUGUUACUGGGAAUAUCUGCCCCCUGGGCACCUACUGCACUGCAGGGUCAACAAUGCCCAGGCUCUGCCCACCUGGUACCUUUUCCAACCUGCUAGGGCAGAGCAUGGCUUCUGAGUGCCAGCUUUGUCCCUCUGGAUUUUAUUGUGAAGGUUCUGGCCUCAGUGACCCCAGUGGAGAGUGCUGGGAAGGUUACUACUGUGACAGCAGCCAAGGGCCAGUCAGUGAUUUCACCCUUUACCCAUGCCCUCAGGGCUUUUACUGCCCACCCGGAACACACCAGGGCACUCAAUACAGCUGUCCCCCAGGUACUUUUGGUCCCAGGCAGAAGCUGAAGAGUAUCCAGGAAUGUCAGAGAUGCCCACUUGGAAAAUACUGUGAGUUUCCUGGUCUCUCCACCCCAACAGGGGACUGCGCUGAAGGAUUCUGGUGCAAGGGAGGUGCCCGAGUAAGAGACCCAAUGGAUGGAGUAACAGGGCUCCCAUGUCCUCCUGGGCAUUAUUGUCUUGCAGGAACACCCACUCCAUCUCUGUGCCCACAUGGCACCUGGUCCAGCAACGAAGGGAAUAAGAAUCUGUGGGGAUGCCAGCCUUGUCCUGGAGGACAUUACUGCAAUAGCACUGGACUAGUAGCACCAUCAGGACACUGCAGCCCAGGGUUUUACUGCAUUGCUGGGGCCAGAACACCGACACCCACCGAUGGCCUCUCAGGAGCUCCAUGCCCCAUGGGACACUCCUGUCCCCUGGGAACCAAGAAUCCCAUCCUGUGCUCCCCUGGCACUUACAUGCCACAGACACAUGGAGAAGAGUGCUACACCUGCCCAGAGGGUAAAUACUGUGUCCCUCCUCAGAAGCCACAAUUUUGUCCUAAAGGCUUCUUCUGUCCCAAAGAAACAGGUCUUGACUGGCAGCCUUGCCCACCAGGGACCUACAGCCCCGAGCAAGGGCUGGAGAGCAGCACUGGGUGCAGAGCUUGUGAUGGAGGGAAGUACUGUCUGUACCGUCAGGCUGGCCCUUGUCCUCCGGGCCACUACUGUCCAAAGGGCACUGCUGUCCCCAAGCAUUGUCCUGUGGGAACCUUCAGCACAAGGAUCAAAUUGAGCUCAGAGGACAUUUUUGCCCCAGGGGCACAUCCAUUCCAUUGGCUUGUCCAGCAGGGUCAUAUAACCCUCUACAAAGGCAAGCCAGCUGCCUUCUCUGUGCUAGAGGGUUCUUCUGUCCUAAGAAUUCCUCUUCUCUUGCUGGGAGUGAAUGUCCAGCUGGCCAUUACUGCCCCCCUGGUACAGCUUCAGCGACUCAAUACCCAUGCCCCAGGGGGACUUACAACCCACAGAUCGGCAGCAGUCAUGUUUCUCACUGUAUCCCUUGUGAUCCAGGGUAUUUCUGCAAUGGAACUGGACUCAUAUCUCCUGCUGGUGUCUGUGAAGCUGGGUUCUAUUGCACCAGAGGAGCUGUUUCUCCUAGACCUUCCAUAACCACAAGCAGUGGCGGGCCAUGUCCCCCAGGACACUACUGCACAGUGGGGAGCAGCAGAGCACAGCCAUGCCCUGCAGGGAGCUACAGCCCAUUCUGGGGCAUGGUGCUG